CACACACACACAAUAUGUGCCAUUAUAACUGACACUGUGGCGCUGGAUAAAAGCCGUCGGAUAUUCCCAAGCGUUUCUUCUCCAGAAGGGAAUAAAACUGUCCGCGCAGGGGCAUUUGCACGCCAGACCUCAUAUGGACUAAAACACAGAAACACGUGGACAAAAAACCUGGACAUCAAGAGACCGAGACUUCUCUGAGAAAUGUCCAUCACUACUGGGCGAGGUCAUGGGGGUCUGAAUCAGCUCGGAGGAAUGUUUGUGAACGGCCGGCCGCUCCCCGAGGUGAUCCGGCAGAGGAUCGUGGAUAUGGCACAUCAGGGCGUGAGACCCUGCGACAUCUCGAGACAACUGAGGGUCAGUCACGGGUGCGUCAGCAAGAUCCUGGGCAGGUACUAUGAGACGGGCAGCAUUAAACCAGGGGUCAUUGGAGGCUCGAAGCCGAAGGUCGCGACCCCUAAAGUGGUGGAGAAGAUCGCGGAGUACAAGCGCCAGAACCCCACCAUGUUCGCGUGGGAGAUCCGGGACCGGCUGCUGGCCGAGGGAGUGUGUGACGGGGACACCGUGCCCAGCGUCAGCUCCAUCAACAGGAUCAUUCGCACAAAAGUUCAACAGCCUUUCAAUCUCCCUCUGGACAGUAAAGGCCUGAGUCCUGGACACACACUGAUUCCCAGUUCAGCCGUGACGCCUCCCGAAUCUCCCCAGUCGGACUCACUGGGAUCCACCUACUCCAUCAGUGGCUUACUGGGAAUCCCUCAGACCGGCGCCGAGGGCAAGAGGAGCCGCGACGACAGUGAUCAGGAGAGCUGUCGGCACAGUGUGGACUCGCAGGGAAGCGGGACCGGAUCCCGGAAACAUCUUCGGACCGAACACUUCCCAACCCAGCAGGACUGUGGCUUCCAGCGGAACCAGUUCAGCUCCGACUCCUUCGGCCACAGCACUGGGAAAGCUGAGCAGUCUCUCUAUCCUCUCUCACUCAUCAACGGCAGCUUGGACGAGGGGAAGAGUGGCUCAGUUAUCAGCCGAAACCUGGCAGCACAUCAGGGAUACGCAGUGGUUGCAGAAGCCCUACAGCCCCGCCCACUCUGUCUGAAACAGGAAGUGUCCCCCGAGGUGAACAGCUCAAGCUCCUCCCCCAACAUCAUCGCUAACUCCGCGUUCCUGGAGCUCGCGGCCAUCUCGGCUCCGGCGUCAGUGUCCAUCGCUAACAGUUGCAGCAACGCCACUCAUUUAUCUCAUGGCUUCAGCUCAUUUUCCCAUCAUGCCCCAGUGCAGGGGCAGUUCAGCAGCCCACACCUCAUCACAGGGAGAGAAGUGUCGAGCUCCAUGCUCCCCGGUUAUCCUCCGCACAUCCCAUCGGCUCAGACCGGCUUCUCCUCGUCCUCCAUCAGCGGGAUGGUUGCAGGACCGGAGUACUCGGGCCAGACCUACACACACCCGUCCUACACGUCCUACAGCGACGCCUGGAGAUUCACCAACUCCACCAUCUUAGGAUCCCCGUAUUACUACAGCUCCUCCUCGCGAGCUCCUCCCUCCGCCUACGACCAUCUCUAGGAGAACCUCCAGCUUCCCUCCUUACACUGGAUUAUGAAGAAAACCUCGAGCUUCUCUUCUUACACUGGAGAAUACAGUGGAGUAUGAAGAAAACAGAUUUAUGAUGGACGAUACCUUUUAUUGCCUGUAAAACUAUUUAUGUCCUUUGUACACGGCCUGAUUAAAGGCCAUUUACAGCCACACGUUUACAUCUUAUUCCACCAGUGAA